UAAUAAAAAAAUGAAAUAUGAAUAUAAAGCAAAAAAAUCAAACAAUAUUAGAUUUUUUGAAUUAUUUUGAUUCUGAUUGGCUAAAGUCAAACAAUGGUUGGUACGAAGGUUUACAAUUAUACGCACCAAGUACAAAUAAUGCUUUAGAAGCAACAAACAAAACAAUCAAAGAUGAUGGAAUAUUUCGAGAACGUCAUGUUUUAUCAAGAUUUUUAACAAUUUCUUCAAAUAUUAUCAAUAAUUGGUCAAUCGAACAGGAUCUAUCAUUAGUUAAUGCAAGAAUAUUUGCUACAGGAUCAACAAUAUCUUUAGAAUUAUGA